AUAUUUUCAAUUGGACCAAAUUAAUAUUAGACCUUAGUUAGUCUAGUCAAUUUUAUAGCCAAAUAUAUAAUAAACAAUGAUAAUUUUUCAAACAAGUAAGAAAAUUCAUGAAUCCUUCAUUCCACAAAAAUCAUAUAAGCCACUUCUUUGGGAAGUCACAAAUAUAUACACCAGUAAAAAUAGAACACAAAGGAUUACCAUCCAAAAAUGGGAGGUGAAAACAGAAGGAGAAAAAUCAAGAAAUUACAAACUUUUGGAAUUUCACUCCCAAACCAUAUUCCCAUCAUAGCAAUCCAUCACCUCAUCUUUGUUGCUGAGAAAUCAGCAACUUAAUGAGAGAUUGGAACUGACAAAAAGUUAUGAUGUUAUAUUGAAUGUUAGGUAGCUGAAUAGCAGUACAGAAAAGAUAAGUAGAUUCCCCAGGGUUCUCAAAAAAAAAAAAAGUAGAUUCCCCAGGCUGCUAUAAUCAUUGUCAGACCUUUCAUGGCAGCCAAGAAACACCUGGAGAAAGAUAACCAAUAAUCAUAAGCUUAGAACAGACAUUUAGGGAAAAAAAAAAAAAACACCAUCUGGUGCAUUCAUGCAUCAGAGAUAAAAGAAAUAUAGGGAGCAGGAAGAAGAAGAAAAAGGGUUCAAAAGAUGGGAAUUCCAAGGAGAGAAGCGGUUGAAGAAAUCGCGUUGAUCGGGGGAUUGAUAGGGGUGCAGUUUCUGUAUGCAGGGAACUCAGUGGUGCUGAGUUAUCUCAUGUUCUUAGGCUUCCAGCCUUCAUCUCUCAUCAUCCUCUCCACCUUUGCCACUUUUGUGGUUCUUGCUCCUCUCUCCUUCAUUAUAGAAAGGCACCAAUGGCCUAAAAGACUCUGUCUGAAGCUAUGGAUUCAACUUCUGUUAAUCUCUUUCGGAGGGGUAACACUGUUCCAGUCAUUGCUUAUGAAGGGGAUCCAUCUCACAUCACCUGCAAUUGCCACAGCCAUGCCAAAUCUCGCCCCCGGGCUCAUCUUUUUCAUCGCCUGGGCUUUCAGGCUGGAGAAGGUGGAGCUGAGUUGCAAGUACAGCAGGGCCAAAAUUGUGGGAACAAUGUUUUGUGUCAUUGGGGCUAUUCUGAUGAGCAUCUUGCAAGAUAGCUCCCACGCUCACUCGUCGAAGAAACAGAUUCACUUGCCAUUGCAACCAUUGCAAGCCCCGCCGUCUUAUCACCACAAUGGCGCAUUCGACUUGGAUAAGAUCAUGGGUUCCUUUUAUCUAGUCAUAGCCGUCUUCACCUUAUCAAGCGUUAUCGUCUUGCAGGCUGCUACAUUGGGUGAUUUCCCAUCACCAAUCUCUAUAUCUGCAAUAACAUCAUUGAUGGGCACAGUGAUAACCAUAAUAGUUGAGCUGAUCCAACACCACAGAUUAGAGAUUAUUGGUUUUUCCAAAAUAAGCGUCCACGCCCUCGUUGCCUAUUCUCUACUGGCGGGGUGCAUAAGUGGAGCCUCGACGAGCUUCAAUGCAUGGGCAAUGAAGAAAAGAGGGCCGGUAAUGGUGGCUGUUUUCGGCCCGGUUGGAACCGUCAUUUCCAUCAUGCUCUCCGUCAUCAUCUUAGGAGACUCGGUCACUAUUGGAAGCCUUGCGGGCAUGUUUACUAUGUUCACCGGGCUCUAUUUCGUGCUGUGGGCUAAAGGGAAAGAGGAGUUUGAUUAUCAGAGCGAGUAUGAUUUGGAGAAACCUCUCUUGUCUUGAUUAUGAUUAGCAUAUCUAAUAGGCUAAUUAGUCCUCACCAAAAUAUAUAUAUAUAUAUAAUAGGCUAAUUAGUGUUAAGGUAAGAUAGAAUGUUGUAUUUAUGAAUGGGAAACUGAUCUGAGGAUUCAAACCAUGAUUAGCAGAUGUGUAAUACUGUAUGCAAUGUAAUGUGUAUAUAUAUCUCCAAACAGUGAAAACCUUCAGACAGAUAAUGAAGUGAAGGGUAGUUAAUUAGUUAA